AUGGACGACACACAGGGAGCCAUGGCGCACGCCCGUCCGACCGUCGCCGACCUGCACGGCGAGAGCCACUUUGCGCAGGUGGCGCGCACCAACUGGCUCGCCGCGAAGAAGGCGCCCCGAGUGCGCCCAGACGUGGUCAAGAAGGAGCUGUGGGACGAGCUCGAGAAGGCCGGCUUUGCCUACUCGUCGCUGCUCGUGCUGGAGAACCUGCAGCUGCUGGAGCGGUACCUGUGGCCUGGCUUCACCGAGGAGGCCUCCAACCACCACCAUCUGCUGCUGGCGCUGAUGGUCAACGUCAAGCGCAGGGAGAACCUGCCCUCGUGGGUCCACUUCACAAGCAGGCCCGCCGACUUCUCCUCCUUCUUCCGUCGCAUCCUGUCCAUGACCGUCGACCCCUCGCAGCCCACGAAGCUCCGCACCCAGCUGCUCUCCUUGGUCAUCGCCGCCUUCCAAUCACUCGACAGUGGUCUCGUGCGCAAAGAAUGCGCGCCUCUGGUCGGCAUAUCCAUCUGGCACAAUCUGCACUCGGAUGCUGCGCGUGAGCUGCACUUUGAGGAACACCAGAUGCUGCGCAAGGCGUGGCGGGCGUCGUCCAAGCGCUUCGACGCUGCAGACGAAGCGCUGCAGGCCAGGCUGCGCUUCGAGCGCUCGUGGUUGUAUACCCUUGUGCUGGACUUCUUGGACCGCCUGUACAACAGCAACACAAAGCAAGAGAUGGGCGACAACCUGCCCUAUUGUGAGCGCUUCAUGGAGCUUCUCACCGAUCUGCAAAGCCAGCUGCCAACACGGAGAUACGUAAACACGCUGUUGCAGAACCUGAACCUGCUCCCAGCAAUCCGUCUCUCGCCCAUGUACGCCGAUGAGGACAAUGGCUUGUUCCGUGACCUCUACACCUUGCUCGCUCACUUCACCUUCUUCGCGAUCGAGGACCAGACAGGCAAGCAGCUGUCCAAGCUGGAGUACGACCAGCAACACUACGGCACCCUCGCAAAGCUACAACGGGUAGGCUACGCUGUCUUUCAAGAAAAGCUACAGUUGAUGGCCCUUGCCAACUUUGGCAGCAUUGGAAACCGAGAAGAGCUGGACGGCCACCUGCGCACGUUGAACGACGAUGAGCUGAAGCAGCUUUGCUCUCUGAUGGGGCUGCGGACGGAGUACCCAAGCACAACCUCUCUGGUACGGGACCGGACUUUUUACAUGGAGACCCUCGUCUCGCUAGUCGAGCAGAGGCCCACCUUCAAGGACGACGUACGCGAUAUGCCCGUGUUUCCCACGGAAAAGAUCUUGUACGAGACCACCUUCCUUCGCAACGAGUCUUACAACGGCGAGAGGCCUCUGGCGAUACCCAAGUUAAAUCUGCAGUACCUGACCAUGGGUGACUUUUUGUGGAGGUCGUACGUUCUGUACCGCGCUGAAUCGUUCUACGGUAUCCGAAAAGAUAUGGAGGACGUAAUCAAGCGCGUACAGCCAAGAGGAAAGGGCGUCAGCACAAAGUUUGGAGGCUUUUCCAGGAUGUCUAUACCCAUCAACGCGCCGGGUAUCGUAGAUGUUGCUCCCUCCAAGGUCGGUGAAGAACACCCCGCCUAUGUGAGGGCAGAGAUCGUUCUGGAUGUCAGUCGCUUGCAGGUCCCUGUCCGUAGGGAGUGGGAGUCUUUGAGGCCGGAUGACGUGGUCUUCCUCCUCACUGUGGAAGGCAAAGACGACGCACCCAUGCGCAACGGUCACAAUGGCGCGAGUACAAGCGAACAGGUUGGUCUUUCUAGGUUGAGGUGCGCCCAGGUCGUCCAAGUGCUGGACGACAACGGGAGACCUUUGCGGGACCAGACAAAGAACGGCGAUUAUGCGCCUCGAGCACGAUCACGACGACUCGUUAUUCACAUCGACGCGAAGCAAUAUCAAAUCGACAUGGAUCACGUUGCCCAAGGCAGACCUAACAUCUACGAGAACAUCAACAUGAUCGCCCGUCGCAGGGGGCGAGAAAACAACUUCCUCCCCAUCCUCGACUCCAUCAAACGCCUCACCUUGUCCGAUAUUCCGGCGCCAUCGUGGUUGCAGGAAGUCUUCCUAGGCUACGGCGACCCUUCCUCUGCGACCUACACACGCCUGCCCAAUCGUUUACAGUCGAUCGACUUCCGCGACACUUUCUUGGACUGGCAACACCUGGUCGAAUCCCUGCCAGGAAAGACAAUAGAGCCUGCAGAAGAUGCACAAGGAGCCUUUGGGCCCCCGUACGUAGUCCAAUACCCUGCAGUCACUGAGCCAGAAGCUGCUCCCGCUAGGCCGUCCAAGAAGAGGCGUCGCGAUCAGGUCGAGGUUGCGCAGCCCGCGCAUGAAUCGCUGCAUGUCGCUACGUACAAGCCUCCGAACAUGGGUCCAUACCCUGCAGAUGUUAUCAAGCAGAACGCGGUCAGAUUCACCCCUGCACAGGUCGAGGCCAUCACUUCUGGCACGCAGCCUGGUCUGACGGUCGUGCUCGGCCCACCAGGUACCGGAAAGACGGACGUUGCGACCCAGAUCAUAUCCAAUAUAUACCACAACUUCCCGGACCAACGGACGUUGCUCAUUGCGCACAGCAAUCAGGCGCUAAACCAACUUUUCCAGAAGAUCGUCGCGCUCGAUAUCGACGAACGACACCUUCUACGUCUCGGUCACGGAGAGGAAGACCUCGAUACAGAAGCAAGCUACAGCAAGCAUGGCAGAGUAGAGUCAUUCUUGGAGAGAGGCACCUACUACCUGUCAGAAGUUGAUCGACUUGCGAAGAACUUCGGUGCGCCAGGUGCCCAUGGCAGCUCCUGUGAGACCGCAGACUACUUCAACUUGGUAUAUGUUAAGCCGGCUUGGACGCAAUACUGGGACACCGUUACCUCGGAGGAGGCCAGCGUUGAACAGAUAGUCGCCGAGUUCCCACUCAAGGACUACUUUUCAAAUGCGCCGCAGCCCUUGUUUCCACCUGAAGCGGACCGUGAGCAAGUGCUUGACAUCGUUCAAGGUUGCUACCGCCAUGUUGAGAAAAUCUUCACCGAACUCGAGGACAUCCGUCCCUUCGAGAUCCUGCGGAAUCCGCGCGACAAGGCGAACUACCUCCUUAUAAAGGAGGCCCGCAUCAUCGCCAUGACCUCAACACACGCAGCGAUGCGCAGACAAGAGAUCGCCUCUUUAGGCUUCCACUACGACAACGUAAUCAUGGAAGAAGCCGCUCAGAUCACUGAGAUUGAGAACUUCAUCCCCCUCGCCCUCCAAAACCCCCGCAAUGGCGAACUCCCCCUCCAGCGCAUCGUCCUCUGCGGUGAUCAUCUCCAGAACUCGCCCAUCAUCCAGAACCUCGCCUUCAGACAAUACGCAAACCUCGAACAAUCCCUCUUCCAGCGCCUUGUCCGUCUUGGAGUGCCUACCAUAAUGCUCGAUCAACAAGGUCGCGCCCGCCCUUCGAUUGCAGAACUGUACAAGUGGCGAUACCCCGCGCUCACGAACCUCCCUGCUGUGCUCUCGGCGCCGGACUUCCAGGUUGCCAACGCAGGCUUCAAACACGAGUACCAGUUCAUAAACGUGCCCGACUACAAGGGGCGCGGCGAAGCCGAGCCGACACCACACUGGAUUGUCAACCUGGGUGAAGCUGAGUAUGCGGUCGCGCUGUUCAUGUACAUGCGGUUGCUCAACUACCCGGCACACAAGAUAUCGAUCUUGACUACCUACGCUGGUCAGCGGGGGCUCAUCAACGAUAUCUUGAACGCAAAAUGUAGGGAUCAUCCAUUCUUUGGCAGACCGAAGAUGGUAGCCACUGUGGACAAGUACCAGGGCGAGCAAAACGACUACAUCAUCCUCUCCCUCGUCCGCACGAAAUCCAUCGGCUAUUUGCGCGACAUCCGCCGCCUGACCGUCGCGCUGUCUCGCGCCCGUCUGGGUCUGUACAUCCUCGGCCGCCGCUCCGUCUUCGAGUCCGUCUUCGAGCUCAAACCCGCCUUCGACGUCCUCUUCACCAAGCCCGACGAGCUCGCUCUCGUGACGGGCGAAAUGCACGGCGAGACACAGCGCCCCGUGCACGUCGAGGGGGCUGUGGACGGCGAGGCUAUCAUGACGGGGUACGAGCAUUUGGAGGAGUAUGUCCGGGGGAUCACGGGCGCGAAGAUCGAGGCGCUCAAGGCGGGCGGUGGGCAGUUGCCGACCCGCGAGGUCAGGAUGCUAGAUGGUGGCGAUGAAGACGUGGAUCGCGAAGAGAUGGUGCUUGUUCCCGAGGAGCAAGUCGACCACUUUGCAGGCGACGACGAUGAUGAGGAAGCGGUGUAG